AUGGUUCUUCCAUUGCUCCUUGCAGCAUGUCUAGCAGUAGCAGCAUCAGCAGCAGCACCUUCUGCUACAUUCCCAAAUCAUGGGAAGCAAAUCUUGAGAUUUGCCGAAGACAGCUUUUGCUCCACGCUGGUCCUGGUUCAUGGCUAUCCUUGCCAGGAGUUCAAAGUGACAACUCCAGAUGGCUACAUUCUGCGAGUUCAUAGAAUACCACACGGUGUGGCGGGAGUUUCCUCGCCAUCGCCAAAGCCAGUGUUUCUCCAGCACGGUGUUCUUCAGGGAGGAGACGAUUGGGUGUUUUAUCCCCCGCGCAAUUCUUUAGGGUUUGUUCUCGCGGACGAAGGCUUCGAUGUGUGGAUCGGGAAUCUCCGCGGCACGCAUUGGAGUCGCCAGCAUGUCUCGUACUCCUCCGGCGACAAGGCGUACUGGGACUGGACUUGGGACGAGCAUGCCCAGUACGAUCUCCCAGCCAUGCUCAACUUGGUUCAUGAAAACACUGGCUCCGAGCUUUACUAUGUCGGCCAUUCUCAGGGAACGUUGAUUGCUCUGGCAGCUUUCUCGGAGUCCAAGCUAAUGAAUGUCGUCAGGGCGGCGGUGUUACUCAGCCCCAUUGCCUACCUCAAAGGCAUGACUUCCACGCUUUCCAGGCUCGCUGCUCUACUCUACAUGGACCAGAUCUACGACGACAUAGGCCUGUCACAAUUCACUCUUGAAAGUGGAAUCGGUGCGUACCUCCUCAGGAAUUUAUGCUCGCUGGACCCCCGAUGCGCAGACCUGCUGGUCCUUGUGACGGGCCGGAAUUGCUGCUUCAACGCGAGCCUCACUUCUUACUACCGCCAGUUCGAGCCUCAAGGGUCUUCCACGAAAAACUUAGUUCACCUUGCUCAAAUGGUGAGAACCGGUUUGUUUGCAAAGUUCGACUAUGGUAGCAGCCUCGGGAACAUCCGCGCCUACUCGCAAGUGGUUCCUCCGACGUACGAGCCAGCCAACAUUCCCAAGAGUUUUCCAGUUUUCCUCGUGUAUGGAGGCAAGGACACAUUGUCUACGGCACAGGGUGUCCAGGAACUGGCCAAGCGCCUCGUUUGCACGCAGCAAACACUAUUUCUUCCAAACUACGCUCACGCGGAUUUUGUUGUAGGAACCCGAGCAAGGCAAGACGUGUUUGACCCGGUGAUUAAAUUUAUCAAGGCAAACUAAGUAAAGGAAAUCUCUGAUAAAAUCAAGCCUUUUUUUUUGGUGA